ACAAGGACUUCUUUCUUCAUUCACAUCAUUUUAUUCAAAUAUUCUUAUCACAUCUCGUCUUGCUUUUGGACUAAAGGCUGGAGCCAUUAGCCAUAGCAUGUUCCCACCUAAACUUUUCUUUGUCCAUAGAGAGAGAGAUCCUUUGGUUGUGGGGAGAGUAAUAGGGGAUGUCUUGGAUCCAUUCACCAGAACAGUUCCUCUCAGAGUGAUAUACAACUCUAGGGAGAUCACCAAUGGAUGUGAACUCAGGCCCUCCGCUGUUUUUGAUCAACCCAGAGUUGAAGUUGGUGGCACUGAACUUAGAGACUUCUAUACACUUGUCAUGGUAGACCCAGAUGCUCCAAGCCCAAGUGAUCCAAGCAUCAGGGAGUACUUGCACUGGUUGGUGACAGAUAUUCCAGGAACAACAGCAGCAAGCUUUGGUCAAGAGAUUGUGAGCUAUGAAAGCCCAAGUCCAUCACUUGGGAUACACAGGUUUGUAUUUGUGUUGUUUCAACAAUUUGGCCGGCAGACAGUGUAUGCACCGGGGUGGCGGCAGAGCUUCAAUACACGGGACUUCGCCGAGCUUUACAACCUCGGCGCGCCAGUUGCCGCUGUUUACUUUAACUGCCAGAGAGAGUCCGGCUCUGGUGGAAGGAGAACAACUGUUUAACCAUUCAAUCAUGCAUCAUGGCAUGUAGCAGGAUGAUGAGGGAGGUUACUGUGCUGAUUCUGUUGAUUAAUUAGAAAUGCUGCUGGUUGCUCUUGAUUCCAAUGUUUAAGUGUUGAUUUAAUCAGUCAUGUAAAUAAAAUAAAGUUAGCUGACUGUCAUUACUAGAAUAGAUAAAAAUUGGCAAGUAUGAUGCGUGUGUGGUAGCUAUCACAAUAAUUUGCAUUUAUGUUCUUUCAAAA